AUGGCUGUGUCCCAAGGAAGCGUGUCGUCCUUUGACUGUGUGGGCCUGUUUGCCAGCAUGGAGAGUGUGGCCCGAAUCCUGUUCACCAUGCUGGUAUUUGGACCAGCCUGCGGGUUUAUCCUGGGCUCUUUCUGUACCAAGAUCUAUGUGGAUGCGGUCUUCAUUGACACAAGUAACCUGGACAUCACGCCGGACGACCCCCGCUGGAUCGGAGCCUGGUGGGGCGGCUUUCUGCUCUGCGGUGCCUUACUCUUCUUCUCCUCCCUCUUGAUGUUCGGGUUCCCACAGUCCCUGCCCCCGCACUCAGACCCUGCCCUGGAGAGUGAGCAGGCCAUGCUCCCCGAAAGAGAAUACGAGAGGCCCAAGCCCAGCAACGGGGUUCUGAGGCACCCCCUGGAGCCGGACAGCAGCGCCUCCUGCUUCCAACAGCUGAGAGUGAUCCCGAAGGUCACCAAGCACCUGCUCUCUAACCCCGUGUUCACGUGCAUCAUCCUGGCUGCCUGCAUGGAGAUUGCAGUGGUGGCCGGCUUCGCUGCCUUCUUGGGGAAGUACCUGGAGCAGCAGUUUAACCUCACCACCUCUUCUGCCAACCAGCUACUCGGAAUGACUGCGAUUCCAUGCGCCUGCCUGGGAAUCUUCCUGGGCGGUCUCCUGGUGAAGAAGCUCAGCCUGUCUGCGCUCGGCGCCAUUCGGAUGGCCAUGCUCGUGAACCUGGUGUCCACGGCUUGCUACGUCUCCUUCCUCUUCCUGGGCUGUGACACGGGUCCUGUGGCUGGAGUUACUGUUCCCUAUGGAAACAACUCGGCGCCCGGCUCAGCCCUGGACCCCUACUCGCCCUGCAAUAAGAACUGUGAAUGCCAGACCGACUCCUUCACCCCAGUGUGCGGAGCCGAUGGGAUCACCUACCUGUCUGCCUGCUUUGCUGGCUGCAACAGCACGAAUCUCACCGGCUGCGUGUGUCUAACCACCGUCCCAGCUGAGAAUGCCACUGUGGUGCCCGGGAAAUGCCCCAGCCCUGGGUGCCAGGAGGCCUUCCUCACCUUCCUCUGCGUGAUGUGCGUCUGCAGCAUGAUAGGCGCGAUGGCCCAGACCCCCUCCGUCAUCAUCCUCAUCAGGACAGUCAGCCCGGAACUCAAAUCUUACGCCCUGGGAGUUCUGUUUCUUCUCCUUCGCCUGCUGGGCUUCAUCCCCCCACCCCUCAUCUUCGGGGCCGGCAUCGACUCCACCUGUUUGUUUUGGAGCACGUUCUGCGGGGAGCAGGGGGCCUGCGCGCUCUACGACAACGUGGUCUACCGCUACCUGUACGUCAGCAUCGCCAUUGCCCUCAAGUCCUUUGCCUUCAUCCUCUACACCACCACUUGGCAGUGCCUGCGGAAAAACUAUAAACGAUACAUCAAAACCCACGAAGGCGGGCUGAGCACCAGCACAGAGUACCAAGACAUUGAGACUGAGAAAACCUGCCCCGAGUCACACUCACCUUCAGAAGACUCCUUUGUGAGAAGCUGAGGGCCUGGCCCCUCUUCCUGCAGAGAACAGUCUGCCACCGCCCAAGAACCUGACUUAGCGUGCUCUACCCUGCCCAAGAGCCCAAGGGUCUCCCGUGUGGAUUAUCCUGCCAGUUGGGCGGUCCUCUGAGGUCCAAGCCCAAGCCUGUGAUGAGGACUUGCCAGGUGGUUUGUGGUCAGGUGUCCUCCAGACCGCCGUCAGAGUAGGUUUUUUCCUGGGAUGCUUAACAGCAAUGUUGGCCUGAUGUGCAAAUUCCCCCUGGUCCAUCCCUCCUGUGGCUCCCAUGGGGCGGCUUGCUGACAUGCUUUAGAUAACCGCUCUCUGGAAUGCUUCUCUGACCCAGGUUUCCAACAGCGCUUCCGAAAUCAGCCUAGGUUGGAUUUUAAUAGGAAGGGAUAAAAGCCUCCCUUUCCACACUGAACAGAGGUGGGCUGGAGGGGGCAAGGGAGGAAGACAAAAAGCACAUACUCAAUAGAUUUUGAGUGUGGUAUUCUGUAUUUUUGCAGCUUAUAUUUUCCAGAUGAGCAGUUUAGAAAUAUGUAAUAUAAAGUACAUCCUGUAUGUUUGCUGAAAAUUAUAUUAAAGGCAUUAUUUUAAUUCUU